CUUACCUCUACCUACCGAAUGACCGACUUACACCAAGCACAAACUAAUCAUACCAUUUAACUUCAAGGCGAUUCACAGCUAUCAGCGUGUCUCCAAGCUCCAACCAGCUUACCAUCCAAGGACUCGUCAUCACAAUCCACAUUCGACCAGCAGACAGCAAACAACCGCCACGAUGUCCAGAUCCGGCUACGAUGCAGUCGUAGACGUCGACGACGAGGGCGACCUAGGCCACACCGACCUCCAAGAAGAUCUUGAAUUCCACCAAUCCAACUUUUCCGAAUCCUCCCCCCUCGGGCGCAACGGCACCAAAUCCACCCAACACACCACCACUUCCACUUCCUCCGGCGGCGGGUUACUUCCCGCUCCCGUAACCGCCGCCCGCACCUCCAACAACUCCAGCUCAGGAAGUAGCAAGCGCUUCCUCUGGACGCUCUCCUUCUACGCGCAGUUCUUUGACGUGGACACGUCCAGCGUGCUGCAGCGGUGCUGGGCAGCCCUGUAUCCGCGAGCCAACUUUUUGGAUGUGUUGGAGGGGAAUCCGGACCUGUACGGGCCGUUUUGGAUCGCGACGACGGUGGUGCUGAUUUUGUUUUUGGGCGGGACGAUUAGUGAUUAUUUGGCGCAGACGGGGAAGGAGGCGUUUGCGUAUGAUUUUCGGUUGUUGAGCGGUGCCGCUGGUCUCAUCUACGGCUACACCUUUGUCCUGCCGGUCGCUUUGUAUCUCGCCCUGCGGUACUUUGGUUCGGAGUCCGCCAACCUGCUCGAGUGCUGGGCUUUAUACGGCUAUUCCAACCUCAUCUGGAUCCCUGUGGCGUUGAUCAGUUGGUCGCCGAUUACCAUCCUCAACUGGGUGUUUGUGGGCGUGGGGUUCGGCGUGUCGGUGGCCUUUUUGCUCAGGAACCUUUAUCCGGUGCUCAGCGCGACGGAUCGCCAGACGAGCAAGGUGCUGCUGUUUGUCGUGGUGGCGUUGCACUUUGGUUUGGCCCUGGCCAUCAAGGUGCUCUUCUUUGCGCAUGGAAGCCCGGCGUUGAAGGAUGGUCCCAAGGGAGCUGCCCCGGGUGGUGGAGACGCGAAGCCUGCUGAUCCGGCUACGAUGAUGAUGAUGUUCUAAGGACAUAGGAUAAAGAUGUGAGGGAGAUAGGUUUAAUAGGAAGAGAGGUACGUUUGGAGCUGUAUGGAUCCGUCAACAAAAAGGUUAUGGGGGAGGCGUUUGCCGCAAUUGGUUUCUGGGAUUGAUAAGUUCAAGUCCAAUCGGAUUUU